CAGUGACAUUAUUCUAAGCAGUAGGUAAAUAUUGCAAACUCAAAUUGGAGUCGACUUGUUUUUUGUUAUUGAUAUAAAUAAUGAAGUAUUAAAAGUUACUAGAAAUUGGAGAAUUUUGUGAGUUCUUAUACGAGGCAGCAUGUCGUUUUUCAAGAAUGUUGCUUCAGGUUUUAACAUUCGCAGUCGUGAUACAAUAAUUAAAGAAUCAUUGAUAAAUAAUUUGUCCGAAUGCGUAAAAGAUAUACAAUACAAUAAUCAAUUUGAAGAAAACUUUCACAGCGUAUUAGGUUCCACCGAUUCAACUAACACUUUGUGUAGUGCUUUGGAAGCAGUUUUUCUACAUGGAUUGAAGGACACUUUUUUUAAAAAAGCUAAGAAUGCCCUAUCUGGAGAUUCAGACCAGCGUCCUCAACCGAACUUUUGGCCUCUUAUCCUUGUUUUGUCUCAUAGACAGAACAUUGAUCAGAUAUCUUCUUUACCACAAAUUAACUCUGAAAUUGGUCAGUGUAGAGCUUGGCUCAGAAUCGCACUCAAUGAAUGUCUUCUGUCUUCAUACAUGUCGACAUUGUUAAGGAACAUGUCUGCAGUAAAACCGUUUUACAGCAGAAAUGCAUUUGUUUUUGACACAGAAAUAUUAGAGGUUGCACAAAAGUUAAUAGAAGGUUUGGAAUCAUGUGUGCAAUUUAACUUGCCAAUAAAUUCAAGCUUGCUGAAUCAGUGGCCAGAACAGGUUUUGAUGUUAGCAGGUAUUUGGGUUCCCAAGAUAAGAAUCGCUCCAAUUAGCACUGCUCUAGAUGUUGCCAGUACAAUUAGUGAUGAAGUAAAACCAAAAUUAGCAUCCACUCCAACUCACAACUCCAAUAUUACUGGUUUGGGACGAAUGCUGGCACUGAAUGAAGAUGAAGCUUUGGAUUUUAUAUUGUCUAAAGACAUAAAGGAUAUAACCAGUACACCAUAUGACCAUGAAGAACCAGAAAAAGAGAAGAAAGACAGUGCAGACAUAGAGUCACCCCCUUUAUUGGUUUCUACAGAACCAGAUCCCUUCCACUCAGAAAUUCCGUCCACUAGUAAAGAUCACAAAGUGUCCACAUCUGUUUCAUCUUCAGCUAAUUCUGAAGAUUUUGUUGCACCAACAGAUGUUGUAGUCACUGGCAACUCUCUCAGUGGCAAGGGAUGGUCAAAUGAUAUCAUUGAUGAGCUGAAUACGUCUAUUCAUUCAAAUUCUUCACAUGGAAGUAGUAUGAUAAAAACUCCAGAAUUAAAAAGUUUGUCUUCUUUAGUUGAUAAUUCAAAUCCUUUUGGUGAUGCAUGUGCUACUAACACAACAAAUUUACAUGACAUUAUAAAAGAUAUUCAUGACGAAUUGAAGAUCACUGAAGACACUGAGAUAUGUGAAAUUCCAGAAGAAACAUUAACUCCUGAAGAUCCUAUGCUUCAAGGUCUUGAUUUUGAAGUAGUGCCCAAUUCUAUGUCAGGUUCAUUCACAGUUCAGGAACUACAGAAAAUGAUACAACAAUUGGGAGCUCUAUCCAGAGAGCAAGGACUUGACUAUCAAAAUUAUAAAUGCAAGGGUUGCCAAGAUCUGUUGGGCAGUACUAUCUCCAAGGCUAAAGUUUGUGCUUACACAGGAGAAUAUUACUGCGCAAAUUGUAUGGAUCCCAAUGUUUUCAUUGUUCCUGCUCGUGUCAUUCACAACUGGGAUUUCAAAAGAUAUGCAGUCUCAAAGAAGUCUGCAUUAUUUUUAUUAGAAUUUCAACAUCAUCCAUGGAUAGAUAUGAAAAAAUUAAAUCCUAAGAUCUAUUGUGGAGUUUCAGAUAUGGCUCAGUUACAUGAGUUGAGGAUACAACUGAACUUCUUGAGAGCAUACAUUUUUACUUGCAGAGAACCAGUUAUUGAAGAGUUGCAAAAGAGGGUCUGGCCAAGGGAAUAUUUGUAUGACCAUGUGCAUUUAUACACAAUCUCUGAUUUAGCACAAAUUCCAAAUGGUUCACUAGCUUUACAGUUGGAGAAAGUGGUUACUUUUGCUAAAACACAUGUCUUAGACUGCUGGCUUUGUAGUCAAAAAGGCUUUAUCUGUGAAGUUUGUAAAGACCCAAAAAUCUUGUAUCCAUUUGAAACAAGUACAACAUAUCGGUGUGAUGAAUGUUCAAGUGUAUUCCACAGCAAAUGUUUGAAUGAGAGUAUGCCUUGCCCUAAAUGUAAAAGGAUACAGAACCGAACCAAUGAGUCCUCCCUGGUAGAUGCUGUACAUGCUCACUUUAACAAAGAAGUAUAAUCUGAAAUUAUAAGCAUUUUUUUAUAGUAGUGAGAUAGAUAUUAUGACUUUAGAUGUCAGUUGGAUAGACAUAAAGCCCGCGCGCGGGGCUGUUCUAAAUCUAUGCAUAUAGACAACAGAUUUUAGGUCUUUUGACAAUAUUGAAACAUGUCUGAGGAAUUAAAACACCAGAGUUGUAAAUAGAACUAGUAUCUGUGACAGGAGUGCAUAGAAUUUAUAUUUUAAUCUUAUCUUACAUUAUGAUUGUAAAUAACUGCAGGUCCAUUUUGUAGGAUAGUGGUUAUACUAGAUUCAUAUUUUUAUUAGUAGUAACAUCAUCAUAAUAAAUAAAAUAUCUACUUUAUUAAAUAUGUUAUAUAUAUUUUGUGCUGUUAUAAUUAUUUCUUGUAAUCCUUAAUGGGUUGUAAUCAAACAUUAUCCAGACUAAUAUUUUUGUAAUAGGAAAUUUAUAUUUAGUUUUGUAUCAUAUCAUAUUUGAUGUUAAUAUGAAAAAACAAUUACUUUACUCAAACUAUUGCUAAAAAUUUAAUAUGUACCUAGUUUCAAAGAACUUUAUUUUGCGAUGAUAAAAAUCUGUUAAAAAAAAACACUAGUUUUUGGUAUUUACUACAAACUUACCCAAGAUGAUAUAAAAAGUGUUGAUGUUUGCUGGUUGUUUAAUAUAUAAUAAUGUUCGAAACUAGACUCGGUACCCAAUUUUAAAGGCUUGCAAUUAUUAAUCGGUAUUAAAAAUGUAUAAUUCCUUCUGAUGUUUAAAAUAAGGAUUGUGAUUAAGAAAACAAAGUAUGUUUUAAGCAAACUUAUAUCAAUUUAUUUACUCUUAUUUAUUCUAUUUUCUGUUACAUAUAUUUAACUUAAGAUUAUGAAGAUAGCUUAAGUUUAAAACCACUAAACUGUUCUUUUAUGUUAUAAUUAAUAAUUAGAGUUUUAAGAAAACACCCAAGUUGGGAAAUAUAAAUGGGAAAUAUUUUAACUUACGCAAAUACUUAGUUUUAUUGACAUGAUAUGUUUUGUAUUAAAACUAUCUUGUUCUAUUUGAAUUUAAAAUAUCACUUAGAUAGCUCCUAGCGUUUUCGCUUUUAUUGUAUGUUUUACUAUAACCAUUCCGCCUGAACGGUUUAUCAGAUGUGAUAUUAUUUUCUUGAAUGGAGAAUUCUUCAAAACAUUGGUUCAGCAAUGAAUCUGGCUCAUCUUGCUUACUCUUGACCUUUUUUUUGGCUUGGUAACUGAGGCAGUCCUUGUCAAAAUCUAAAGGAACUAUACCCAGGUCACCACUGUACCGAUUUUUUGCUACUUGUAGAUAUUUCUUCCCUCUUACAGCAGUUAAGCGUUUGUCCUGUAAAAAUGUGAAUAAAUUGAGGCUAUUGCGAAAACCA